AUGUGGCCCUUCGAGUCUUAUCCCGAGAGUACGUCAACUGACGUAGCAGGACAAACAUUCGACUACAUCAUCGUGGGCGGCGGUACAGCAGGAUGUCUAGUCGCAAACAGACUCUCUGCCCUCAACGCCUCAGUCCUAGUUCUGGACAAAGGCCGCGUCAACGCGGGUCUUCUCUCGCGGAUCCCACUCCUCGGCCCGCUGCAGCGAGGCAUCAACCGUUACCACGCUGAGCCUAAUGCGGAUCUGCGUGGGCGCCAUGUGCAACUCCUUGCUGGUGAAAUGCUUGGUGGCACGAGUCGCAUCCACUCAAUGGUGUGGAGUCCUGGUGGACGCGCCGAGUUUGACGGCUGGGCGCGGGAUCUGGGGCUGGACCAAUGGUCCUGGGAAAAAGUGGAACCGGCUCUUGCGCGGGUUGAACAGGGUGUUCAGCGACGGCAGGCUGGGGAUACGGGGGUAAUGCCGUAUGUGGACUCGGUGAUGGAGCGGGUUGGGCUGGACGCUGGGGGUGGUAGAGGUACGCAACGGUAUGCUCGGAGUGAGCUCUCAAUCGAUGGGGAGGGAGUGCGGAGCUCUGCGUUGACUUCUUGGCUGGAUGCCUCGGUUGUGAGGGAGAGGAAGGGAUUGAAGGUGUGUACUGGGGUCUUGGUGACGAAGCUCGAGUUUGGGGACGAUGGAAACAUCGUUACAGGAGUACGGAUCAGACCAACAGGAGGUGGUGAGGAGGUUUUGGUCAAGGCUCAAAGAGAAGUGGUUGUUUGCAGUGGUGUGUUCGGCACGCCACAGCUACUCAUGCUCAGUGGCAUUGGUCCCAAAGGUCACCUUUCAGGGCACAACAUCCCUGUCGUACAGGAUCACCCCGCUGUGGGCUCUCACUUGGUCACCCACGUCCUCGCACCGGUAAUGACAGAGCUUCCACGCAAGCAUACUUUGCAUAUCAUCCAGACCGUGGCCAUCUUAUGGCAUUUCAUGCUGUGGCUCUUUUUUGGAACCGGUGUCCUCGCUUCCAACGGCCAAUUUGGCGCCGCAUUCCUGCACUCCACUUCACUCGAUGAUAAGACAUUGGCAGUGCGCCCUUCUAAGGACGAGGACGCCCCUGAUCUUGAGGUCCUGAUAUGUCCGAUCAGUACGCUUAUUGAACAUGGGGUCCCUGGAGUUCCGUGUCUAACCUGGUAUGCGGCUCUUGUACAACCUCAUACCACCGGUAGUGUCGAGCUCACAGGAUCCGACCCGAAGAAACCCCUCAAGAUCAAGCUCCCCUUGCUGGUUGAUUCUCGCGACAGUCCGCGGUUGCGGAAGGCUGUACGUUUCGCGAUGCGACUAGCCGAUGAGUUCACAAGUCCGGAGACCGGAUAUCCACACCCGGCGCCGUUCACCUUGGCUCCUGGUAUGGAUCUAGAGUAUCUCGACUCCAUGCUUGACAAGAAGAGAAGUAAAAGUGACAAGAAAAAGGUUUCAAAGGCAGUUCCACCGCCGAUGGAUGCAUGGAAGACUGUGACAGAUGAGCAGGUUGACGAGUACAUCCAGCGUAUGGUGACUGGAAGCUACGAUCCCAUGGGCACAUGUCGGAUGAGUCUCACCAAAGAAGAGGGGGUAGUCGAUCAGAGGCUCGUGGUGCACGGAGUGCGGAACCUCCGUAUUGCAGAUGCGAGCGUGUUUCCCCGGCCCGGGGGUGCAUCUAUCUCAGCAUCAGUUUAUAUGGUUGCCGAGAGAUGUGCCCAGUUCAUCAUCGACCAGAGUCGUAGGGAUGUAUCAUGA